CCUCGUGGCCUUGCAUGAAUGAAGCGUUGAUGGUGUUCCAUGACUGACUCCAAUACCGGUACCGCAGCGCUCAUCUGCCGUCGUUAGGGUCCCAUUCGCGCGUUCAAUCUGCAUCGAGAACUGGUUCCAGAAAACGCACAGUAGAGGAGGACAUAACCGGCUUUCUUUGCGCUUGGUUGUUGGCAUUGUGGGUCCCAUUGCAGAUGAUGAUGACACGAUCGAGGUGUGGCGGCACGGUGGCUUUUGUUUAUGUAUUAUUGAUGGCGCCCCCGAAAAGCUGUCGUGCAACACUCUCAACUUUAAGGCAACAUACACACCAAUCUCUAUUAUAAAGUGCGAUAGCCUUCAGCAACAUCGAGGGCUCAAAUUGAACAUUGUUGUCGCCAUCUAAUCGCUAUUUCAAACGAAACGUGGUGCCAAAUAUUACCAAGCUCAAGUCCUGGCAAGCCUGCUGCCAGCAAAACUUUAGCCAAAGCAUUCGCGCGGGACCCCCCACCCCCCGGGACGCCCCCCCAACACUUCCACAUAUCUGGAUUGGCUGCAACCUUCCCCCCUUUACCAACCACUGCGCAACUCCUAAAAUGACGCCCAAGUGUGUAUGAGCGCGUCGCAUCUGAAAAUAAAUCUCGAAAGACUUCACGUUGAUGCAGCGUGCGACAGCAGACCAAUUAGUGCCAGCAACCAGUUAACGCCAUGCCUUGGUGUACUCCACGGAAAGCUAUACCGCUUAUAGCCUUAUCCACCUUUCUCGUCACCCUCAUCAUAUGGUUCAAUCGCUUCGAUACGCCGCGUCAGCAGCUAUCCAAUCUCAGCUCACUGUACCAUGAUAGCAUCUCCAGCGGUGUCAGGCGACCCUUCUCCCCCGGAGCAGCGAAGCCGCCCGGCUCCGCCUAUUCGCGAGUCCUUGUAAUCGCAAAGACGAGCGAAGAAGACGUAGGCUGGGUACGAGAUGAUCUUCCCAAUCUACCUACCGUCAUUUAUCAGGUCGACAAAGCGAAUGCCACGUAUCGUGUGCCCAAGAACAAAGGCAAUGAAGCUAUGGUGUAUCUGACCUACCUCAUCGAUCAUUAUGACCAGCUUGCCGAUACCACCAUCUUCAUCCACGCCCACAGCAUCACGUGGCACAAUAACAUCUUGUUAGAUCUCAGCACCCCCAUGACGAUCCAACGACUGCAGGAUGAUCGCGUAUGGAGACAAGGUUUUAUGAAUCUGAGAUGCCAUCUCGAACCCGGCUGUCCUAGCAUUUUUCUGAACCAGACGACGUCGAAUGUCGGUCAUAAAGAGAAGCCAAGCGACGAAAUGUUCAGGCCAGAAACGUUCAAAGAGUUAUUUCCUGGCCACAAAGUUCCACCAGUCUUGUCGGAACCGUGCUGUGCGCAGUUCGCCGUCAGUAGAGAUCGAGUGAAGGACAAUCCGAGAAAGACAUAUGAACAUCUCCGCGCGUGGCUGCUAGCAACUCCUCUCGACGAUGCGAGCUCAGGUCGUGUGUUUGAAUAUGUUUGGCAGUAUCUGUUCACACGCAAUGCGGAGGUGUGCCCCUCGAUGCAUGCGUGCUAUUGUGACGGUUAUGGGAUAUGUUUCGGCGACGACAUCCGGCUGGAAGAAUGGAUGAAGACAUUCAAACUGAAAGAAAAGAUUGAUGAUGAAAUGAGUUGGGCGAAAAGAAGGGGGGAGUCUCCCAGCGUAAUACAAGAGAUUGCAGAUAGGAGGGGGAAGUUGGAGAAGCAGCUCGAGAAGGGCAAACAAGAAGCCUAUGAGAGAGGGGAAAAGGCGGAAAACAGGGCUUCAGCGCGAGAACCACUACCCGAGUGA